AGGCUCAAACAUGGACUCAUUCCUCAGAAUAACGUGCAUCUUGGUGGUUUUCUGUCUCUUGGAUAAAAGGGCAGACUCCAACGAAAUCUUGGGCCUGAAGCUCCCCAACAUUGACCCGAUCCUGAACGCCAACACGGUGUGUCUGACACUGCCAGGCUUGACACGGCGCCAGCUGGAGGUGUGCAUGCGUAACCCAGAUGUGACAGCCUCAGCAAUCCAGGGAAUCCAGAUUGCCAUCCAUGAGUGCCAGCACCAGUUCAGAGGGCACCGCUGGAACUGCUCCAGUCUGGAGACGAGAAAUAAAAUACCCUACGACAGCAUCGUCUUCAAAAGAGGUUUCAGAGAGAGCGCCUUCGCGUACGCCAUCGCAGCAGCAGGUGUGGUGCACGCCGUGGCCAACGCCUGCUCCAUGGGCAAACUGAAAGCAUGCGGCUGCGACGAGAAGCGGCGCGGGGACGAGGAGGCCUUCCGCAUCAAGCUGCACCGCCUGCAGCUGGAGGCCAUCCACCGAGGGAAGGGCAUGGUGCACGGCGUCAUGGAGCACUUCCCCGCCGACCUGCCGGGGCCCCAGGACUCCUGGGAGUGGGGCGGCUGCAGCCCCGACGUGGAGUUCGGAGAGAAGUUCUCGCGGGACUUCCUGGAUGCCCGUGAGACCUACAAGGACAUCCACGCUCGCAUGAGGCUGCAUAACAAUAGAGUCGGCAGGCAGGUGGUGCUCGACCACAUGAGAAGGAAAUGCAAGUGCCACGGGACGUCGGGGAGCUGCCAGCUGAAGACCUGCUGGCAGGUCACUCCGGAGUUCCGGGUGGUGGGCUCGAUCCUCAAAGAGCGCUUCCACAUCGCCACACUUAUCAAGGCUCACAACCGGAACACGGGACAGCUGGACCACUCCCACCACAACCAUCACAACCACCACAACCACCACAACCACCACAACCAUCACCACCAUCAGCACAACCACCACCACAACCACCACCACACGCAUCGGCGGCGGCCCAGCAUCAACGAACUGGUCUACUUCGAAAAGUCGCCGGAUUUUUGCGAGAGGGACCUGGGGUCGGACUCGGCGGGCACGCAGGGCCGGAUCUGCAACAAGACCAGCCCUGGCAUGGACAACUGUGAGAGCCUGUGCUGCGGCAGAGGCCACAACAUCCUGCAGCAGACGCGCAGCGAACGUUGCAACUGCAAGUUUCACUGGUGCUGCUACGUGGUCUGCGAAGAGUGCAGGAUAACAGAGUGGGUCAGCGUCUGUAAAUGA